GUUUGUCUUUUCAUCAAUGAACAUAUGUUUUUACAUUUUGGAGCCUUAAAACACCGAAUCAAUAAUACUAAAUCUCCAAAAAGCGCAGAAGCAAUCCUAAGCACAGCCAGAAGAGGGGAACAGGACCACUAAUUGCUUCGUUAAGAAUAACUGGCCAUGAUGCUAACAGGCCUCUACCUCCUGCUGCUGGUCCUGUGGCUUAGCAAAGAGGAAAAGCUCCAAGUUCGAGGUCACCAAACAAAACCAGCUCGAGCACCUUUGAUCCCUCAUCGGCCUUUUGUUGUAGUUUGGAACGCCCCUACAGAGUCAUGUCGCCUACGAUUUAAGGUGGACUUGGACCUCAGUAUUUUUGACAUUGUAGCGAACCUUAAUGAGACCUUAAGUGGACCAAAUGUUACAAUAUUCUAUCAUAGCCAUCUGGGCUACUACCCAUACUACACCAGCUCAGGGAUUGCUAUCAAUGGUGGCCUGCCACAAAACCAGAGCAUCUCCAAACAUCUGAACAAGGCCCGAGUGGACAUUGACAAACUAAUACCACACAAGGAUUUUCGAGGCCUAGGUGUCAUUGACUGGGAGAACUGGAGGCCUCAGUGGGUAAGGAAUUGGGGUUCCAAAGACAUCUACCGCAAAAAGUCCAAGGAACAGAUCCACAAACUUCACCCACACUGGCCAGAAAGCAAAGUCGAAAAGGAAGCAAAGGAACGUUUUGAGAAGUCAGGGCAAGCUUUCAUGAAUCUGACUUUGGUAUUGGCUCAAGCUCGCAGACCAGAUGGUUUGUGGGGGUUUUACCUGUUUCCAGACUGUUACAACUAUGGCUACAAACAACACCCACAAUGCUAUACGGGGGAAUGUCCAAAUGUUGAACAUGUUCGCAAUGACUAUUUGAUGUGGCUCUGGAAAGAGAGCACAGCCCUCUAUCCAUCCAUCUACCUGGACUUUGAGCUAAGGUCUUCCUUAAACACUGUGAAGUUUGUUCACUAUCGAGUCAAGGAAGCCAUGAGGAUUGCAUCCAUUGCACGUUCAGACUACACAUUGCCUGUCUUUGUCUACGCCAGACCUUUUUAUGCCUAUACCUUUAUUGUGCUUUCAGAGAGUGACUUAGUUCAUACUAUUGGGGAGAGUGCUGCCUUGGGAGCUUCAGGUGUUGUCCUCUGGGGAUCAUCAGAGUAUGCCCGAUCAAAGAGGAACUGCCUAACUAUCAAGAAGUACAUUGAUGGACCUUUGGGACAUUAUGUCAUCAAUGUCACAUCAGCAGCUAAAUUGUGCAGCAAAGCGCUUUGCAAGAAGAAUGGAAGAUGUGUCCGCAAGAGCCUGGACUCAGGUUCUUAUUUGCAACUCAACCCACGCUUCUUUCACAUUCACCAGAAUCCGGCAGCCAGGGGCUCCCAGUUUGACGUAAGGGGUCACCUCAACAAUCACGACAUCCUGGACAUGAGACACAAGUUCACCUGCCAGUGCUACCAGGGCUGGACUGGUGCUUACUGUGAGAUCCCACAGGCUCAGCCACCCACUCCUCCACCAGCUCUACCACCUGCUGACCCACUUCCACACCCUUGGGACAACAGGCUGAUGGCACAUAUUAUGCUCCUCUUUUCUGUCCAUUUCCCCUGCCUGUGCAUAAGCAUGUUCUUGGGACUCUGUCUGAUCAUAAGAGGUCUCAUACCGUAGACACCAGAAAUAUCUUAAUUCCUUGUUAUUCACUGUGCUAAAUAUAAACUAGUCCAGCUUGAGAGUAGCCCUCAGCAACAAUCCUUUAACCUUGCCCAAUAAGAAUGAGUCCCAGAUAAAACAUCGUUGGAAUUUGUGUGUGUUCAUAUCAUUGUAUUGCUAAUUUCAGUCACGGAUUGUCCAUAAUGAACACCAUGUUGG